UCUAUCUUUCAGUCCAUAUGAAGGAUCUUGACCUUAAAGGUCAACUGUCCAAUUCUCUCCAUAGAUGCUGCCUGACCUACUGAGUUCCUCAAGCAUCUUAUUUUUUUGCUUACAUUUUAGGACUUGGAACUAGCAUCGUGCUUUGUUAAAAAUAAAAAAUUGGAUGUGGCUUCUGCAAACAAGUGUUGCAUACUUGUUGUUUACCCGAUUGGAAGAUGAGUCAGAAUACAAUGGAGAGGCGAUAUCCAUUGAGCCUGCAGUCUUCCAUCCUCCCAGAUUGGAGGAAUUUAUUGAAGACGCUUCUCAGAAUUAAUUUUGUCUAAAUUGGAGCCAAGUUUUUCUUACUUCUCAUAAUGGAACUGUUUUCAAAAGGAGAUUGGAAGAAUUUGUUGAAGGCAUUUGUCCAAACCAAUUGUGUCCAAAUAGGAGCUGGGUUUUUCUUUCGUGUUAUAAUGGAGCUAGUUUCAAAAGCAGAUUGGAAGGACUUAUUGAUGAAGUUCAUCUGCAUCAGUUGUAUCCAAGUUGGAGCUGUGAUUUUCUUUCAUGCCAUUACAGAAGUUUCAAAACCAGAUUGGAAGAACUUGCUCAAGUUGUCCAUCAAUAUCGGAUAUAUCCAAAUUCCAUUUGGGAUUUCCUUUCUUUUAGUCACAGAACUGAUUUCACAAAUAGAUUGGGAGGAACUUUUGAAAACAUUCAUCAAUACCAGUUGUAUCCAAGUUGAAGUUGGGUUUUUCUUUCUUGUGUUAAUUGAAAGUAAAUCAAAAACAGCUCAAAGGAAUCUGUUGCAGAUAUUCAUCCAAACCAAUUGUAUGCAAGUUGGAGCCGGGUUUCUCUUUCUUGUUCAAACAGAACUGGUUUCAAAUAGUGAAUUACAUGAACUGAUUAUUCGACCGAACAUUGAACUUGCCAGUCGCCUUCAUGACAUGUGGAUCUCAGAUUGGAAGAAAUUGUUGCAGACUUUCAUCAACACCAAUUGUGUACAAAUUGGAGCUGGGUUUUUCUUUCUUGUUCUUACAGAACUGGCUUCAGAAACAGGUAGCACUUGGGCCAACUUUCAAAUCCUGUUCCUCAAGUGGACAAAAUGGUCGACAGAAUACACGACGGAGCUGUGAAUGAUAGCCGACUUCAUCGACAAUUAUCACAAAGGGGCCACCAUUGUGAAUGUCGCAGCCUCUUCUGCAGGGCUUGCAGGAGGAAUUCUAAGCAUCGCAGGAUUAAUCACCGCUCUUUUCGCAAUGGAUGGCUC